CUUUCUUUUUGAUUAGUUUUUUUUUGAAAUAUUAUUUGGAUUUGGUUUUUGCUCGAUCUUGAUGAGAUUAGUGCUCGAAAGAUUGAUUCUUGAUUGGAUUUUGGAUUAUCGUUCCGUAGAAAAUCUCUUCUUGGCUCGUUACUGAAGUGAAUGAAACGAGAGAUCCGUUUUACUAAUUCCUUUCUUGAUAUUUUUUGCUGGUUUGUCUCGUCAAGAAAAGGAAAAAAGAAGAUUUUUUUGCUGAGCUGGAAGUGAGGGGGAUUUUUUUUUUUAAGUGAAUGAAUGAGAGAUCUGUUUUACUAAUUCCUUUCUUGAUAUCUUUUGCUGGUUUUGUCUCCUCAAAAAUAAUAAAAAAAAGAAGAUAUUUUUUGCUGAGUUGGAAGGGAGGCGAAUCGAUUUGUUCGUAGUUUUAAUAUUGUUUGAAGGAAAAAUAAUAUCUCUUGUUUAAAGUUGAAAACAUAGGAGAAAGAGUAAAAUUUGAUGAAGGUGCCUGAUUUAAACGAUCUUCGGUGUUGGAUUUUGCUUUCUGUUUUGAAUAAUGAGCAACGUCUUCUUUAAUGAUCUGUAUGACUUUUGGACUUGCUAAUAAAGGCUCUCUUGGGUGGAUUUGAAAGAACAGUUUCCCCUUAUGCGGUUUCUUUAUUCUGAAACUAAGGGCCUCUCUUGUGUGGAAGUGGAAGUGGGUGCAUGACUGGUUUUGGAAGCAGGUUUAGGGACAAGUUUCUGAAGCAGGCUUCUCUUGAAUGAAUCUAAAAACUACUUCAGAACACUUGGAAAUCAAUGUGUCAACUCUGGAGUGGCUUCACAAAUUUCAAUUAGUUUAGCUCAGGAGAUUUGACUCUUCAAAAAGGAUAUCAUGUUAGAACCUGUUGUACAAAGAUGUGAUAACAAAGAAGAUAUACAACUUCUUUUGAGUAAUGUGAAUGUUAGAAAAUCUUGUUAUCAAUACCAGUCACAAUGGAUGGCACACUGGUUGCAAGUAAGCAGCAGUUCAACCAGUUCUAAAUGUUGUACGGUUGCUGAUGCAAGAUACCAAGAAAAUAUUGUAAAAGAGCAGGGGCACUUGCCAGUUGAAACUACAAAAUCUAUAGAGGCCACCAAAAUAUUAAGCAGAGGUAUGAAUCAAGGAAAAACCUCUGCAAACAAAAGUGUGCAUAGAGCCGAUCCUAAUGAAUUAAAUGUGGUUUUAGAUGUUCACCAGUCAACUGAAUCUGUGAGAGCUGAAAAUCGACAGUGUAAGAUAAUUAACAAUUCUGUGGUUCAGAAAAAAAUGAAGUUACUUGAUGCUAGAGCAGCAGUAUCAGAUACAUUAUCUGUUCAUAAGUUUCCAGACUCUUCUAUAGAAUGGGAAAAGUUCAAUACUUAUGGUAUCAUGAAUUCAGAAAAUGGUUGCUCAGAAUUGAACAGCUUUCCCAAGUUUGACAUCAACUGCAAAAUAGAGAGCAUCUUAAAUCCAAAAAAAAGGUCAGUACAUGGUGCUGUGGCUGGUAGAUUAUCUGAGCCUCAAAUACUACUGAAUGAAACUAAAUUGGCUCCCCAUGUAAUAGAAUUUGCAUCAGAAGAGCAGCAGCUUAAAGUGGAAAUGAUGACACAAAAAAACCAAGAGAUUGAUUCUUGUAAAUCUAUGAAAGGCUUCUUACAUUGUCAAGAUGAUUUUACAGGAUCUAUCUCGCACUCAGCAAUUGAAAGAUUAAAAUUCUUUGGAUCAGAUAUGAGGCCUUGUAAUUCCACUAAAGGAGAAAGUGAUCCUUUGAGCUCAGAGCAUGAGUUUAAGGAACAUUCUCUAAACGCUACUGUCACUAGUUUGGAACAUAUGUUUCGUAAUAUCUCCAACAAUGCUGCAUUCAUGAUGUCAGAAAUGAAAGGCGAUGACAAAAUAAUUGCUCGUGAUUUUAAGAGGUCACGGUCGAGGGUGAGCAGUGGGUCCAUGCAAAUGCCUAGAGACUCUUCUCCUGGUGAUUUUCCUCUUCGAUUACUAACUAGUGAACAUAAUAAUGAAGAGCUACUUAAUGUUUCUGGUAGUGGAUUGUUACCUAGUCAGAAAAGCUUUCUAGGGUUAAACAGAUUAGAUGAUAUUGGAUAUCUUCGUCAUUCAUCAUGUCAAAUGCCCAACUGCUCCGUUCUUGAUGUGGGAACACCGAGAGUGCAGACCACUUUGAAUACUGCAAACAAAAGAAUAGGAGAAUGUCAGAAACUUUCUGAUCAAGUGGAGAAUUUGUUAAUCACAAAGAAGAUGGGCACGGAGUUGUCUCAUGAAAAGCUAAUGACUGAAAAGUCAAUGGAUUAUGCCAAAGUCAAAGGAUCUCCCUUCUUCGAAAUGCUAACAUUACCUACUGUUUCACAGUACAUUGGCAUGCAAUAUGAUGAUCUGCAGCCUCUGGUAAACUCAAGCAACAUUGGAGAUAGAGAAGAUGGCAAUGGCAUGGAUACUCUGGAAACACAAGAUGAACCAUCAUAUAAGACUGAUACAAUGCUUGUUGGUAUUCUUCAUGUACCAAGCUCUCCAGCAGGUGAAACUUAUUCCAGAGUGCAAGAGGGUGUUGUGUGCCCUAAACUGUCAAAAUGUGAGUCAACAGCAGCUUCACCAACCAAACAAGCUGUAAACGGAGAUGCAGAAACCAAGUUACGUUAUAUGAAUGUUGAGCAUCCCACUUCUUCAGAGAGAGCAGCCGGUAUGACUAACAGGGAAAUGAACACAUCUAGAACAGAGAGCAUGGAUGCAGAUCACAUUCUUUCUCAUGUUGGGAAGCCAAAUAAUUCAAAUACCAGCACUCUACUGGAAAGUUCAGUACGUGCAGAUGCAAGCAGUAGAUGGUUUAAACGUCUUAGACAGAACCCUUCAGACUCUCUUGCCCUUGGUGCUAAGAGAUUCAAAAUUAGGGAUUGUCAGUCAAGUAGAGAAAUCAGAACCUUGUUCGAUAGAGUAGUUAAUUGUAGCAAACCAAGCUCUGCUUUGACAAAAUGUCUUGAAGAACAGCAGAAGCUUGAUAAGACCAUGCUGUCACCACAUAAUGUUGUGCAUUCCUAUGGAGCAUCAGUAAAAGAUAUACGUUUCUGGAUUCGAAGAUGGUGUCGUAAUAGUUCUCAAGCAGCACCUGUUCAAGCAAAACUAGCAACACCAGUGCCAUGUGAACCAGAAAACUCGAAAGUUGUACCUGAAAAUUUUGAUGGGAAGCAAUUACCAAGCAUUGCAGCUAUGGCAUUGAUGGGGAAAGCAAUGAACAAUUUUCGGCCAUGUGAAUUUCAGAAAAGGGGGUCUUCUGUAGUAUGGAGAAUGGAAGGAUUCUGAAGAGCACAUGACUUUUUAUCGGGUAAUGAUGAUUAAACUCAACCUAUGCUUCCUGUCUGCUGCAGCCCAGAAGGUGCAGAAAGUGAUGGACAUGUCUAAUAAACCUGGUGUAGAUGCUGUUUUGGUGAAUGAAAGGUGCUAAAAUUAACUGAGGUUGGGAGGUUGGCAAGAUUCAGCAUUGCACCAAGCAAAUAUUUGGCAUGGUAUGCACAAGUUAUGCUCGAAUUUUGAAGCUUGCAGGUACAGCCGAUCAUGUUAUCAGCUUUUCUUUGUUAACUGUCUUUGAAAGUUUUGACCAGACACCGUCAUUGAAAUGUGAACCUUGACAUGGUUUGUUGACGUUGAGAAACAAAGGAGUGUCUAUUUUCCAUCAUUGUCCUUUAUAUUA